CGGGGUGCCGUGUGGAAACUAGCUGCCACUGUUCAAGUGCCCCAGUGCCGUCUGCGGUUGGGUCGUGGCGCCCAUUAACUACCUGUUGCUACACUGUUCGCUAAUUUGUCGAUCCGAGAACGUUAUGCAUUGGUUCGGGCCAUUUGGCAACUGAAGACCAUCCCCGGGAAACCACUUCAAAGUAUCGAGGACUAGGAUUGCCUUUGCCGUGUUUGGACCUGUUCUACUGUUCUUCGACCAUGGUGCACAAACAUCAUGUGGCUGGCUACGACGCUUUCGUGGCGUUUAUGAAAGAUUUUAACGGCCACGGUGCACCGAUCAACAUUCUCUUUACCGGUGCGAAGUUAGAAAACGGACAGAGCUGGUGUGGCGAUUGUGUUGAAGCGGCACCGUUCAUCGAAAAGGGGGUAGAAAAAGAUGCCCCCAAAGAUUCUCAUUUCAUCUACGUGGACGUCGGUGAUAGACCUACCUGGAAGGACAUGAACAACGCAUUCCGCAAGGACACGAACACGCGCCUUUCGGUCAUUCCAACGAUGAUCCGCUGGAAGAACCCACAGCGGCUCGAAGGUGAACAGUGUGCCAAGGCCGACCUUUUGGAGCUAUUUUUCACCGAAGAAGAUUAGCGGAAUAUACACCGAGCGCGACAGGGUUCCAUUCUUUUCCCCAAUAAACGAGUUCCUUUUGACAUGCCGUUUG